GAAAUGGAUUUACACAGUUUGAUAAAUCACGCUUUGGAGAUGGUGGUUCCUCAAGUAAGAACGAGGGUCGAAGAAUUCCACGAGGAAUGGAAAUGCAUUCGGAAAUUUUACAAUGCGUACAGCGAGAAAGAUCUGUCUAAAAUGAGCAUAUCAUCCACAAAUCUCCCUUCUCAUCUUGAGAACAUGAUACGUCGUCUAAAAGAAGAGGAGAUCGAGUCAAGAAUUAAUGGCGAUCUUACCAACCAGCAUUGCUUGGAUUACGUAUUAGAAAACAACAUCCUCGUGGAGUUGCUGGAUCAUGCUCAAUACGACCUUCCAAAAGGAAUGAAUGUCCAGUCAACGAUACUUAUGACAUUCGAACGACUUGUGAAAGCUUCGUAUGAGACGAAUAAAGAAGACACACUUCUUAAGCAAGGACUGGUUCAGUUGAUAAGUGUUGUAGUGCGUCAUAUUAAUAUUCGAAAUGAGUUAGCCGAGUUGUAUUUCGAUGGGGAGAAAGAGUCUGAUUUCAGAGUAUUCAUAAUAUUACUUGAUUAUGUAAACAUCCCCGGUCGAACGGGAAAGGUAUCGAGAGAAGCACUAUUGUCUUUAAUAAAUUUAUGCAAAGGCAAUAAAAAAUUUUUGGAUUUUUUGGAAAAAGGAGUUCAAUUUUAUGAGAUAAUGGACCAUUGUCUGCGAGUUUCCUUUUUGGCCUUACUAAACAACGAUACACCUGCCGCGGAUGGCAUCGGAGGCAAUAUCUACAAGCGACAGUUUUCUGGUGGAUACUUGAGUAAUGGUAGCCAACCUAGCGAAGAUCUGUCAGGCGCGAACGACUUCAAACCAGAGAUAGUCACUGAAGAAUUCUUAGAUCUGUGGUCGUUUGUCAAUAGUGUUGCUAGUAUUGAGUGUGAGACAAUCACUUUAAGGUUGUUGGAUACUUUCUCUGGCGGAUUCUUUAAAUAUGCACUGGUGUCAGGAUUGUUAAAUCCUCUCGAUGACCAAGCAACGGUCGUAACAAUAUAUGUUACAAGAAUGAUAAAACUCACAAGACUACAGCCUAUGUUGAAUUGCAUCCUAUCAACAAUCUUUGGUGCAGAUCUUGAUCCAGAGGUAGCACUCGAAGAACCAAACCUUCAACAAGACGUUGGAAAAACCACACAUAUGCAGUCACUCAGAGAAAUAUUGAUAGAGCGUGCUGGAAGUUCCGAAGAUUGGCUUUCCUUGGAGACGUUAAGGUUAUUUGAUUCCAUACUCGAAUCAUUUAAUCAAUUUGGCUUUUAUAGUUUGAUAUUUCGGAAUUUGGUCGACUUCAAUUCCGUAGGAUCUCAAGACGACAGAAACACGAUUACAUGCAAGAAGGUUUCAUCACGAGUACAAAGGAAUCCGAAAGCAUUUGUGAAACACCUACUUGCGAUAAUGCCACAGGAAGAUCGUACGUCAAAUAUGAGGCAUUCAAAAGCAGUGGUUUUAGAGUCUGUGGAUAAAUUAAGCGAAAAAAGUAUAUUUAGCUAUGAAUAUUAUUACCUCGAUGCUCAACGACAAGUGCAAAUGGUGGCCACAAUACGCAAUCAUUGGUUACCAUCACCACCAUCAGCGAUGAAAACCAAAGAUAAUAAUCAACUUCCUUUAAACGUAAAUACCAAUAUCAGGAACAAAUUCUUCGAGGGUGCAUUCAUGAGAAUGAUAUUUGAACAAUUAGAGAAUUUCCUUGAGGCACCCUUAGAGAGAAACUUGAUUAUCACAAGUAUUUUGAAUAAGUUAGCAUCUAUAGUUGAUGAGAGAGUUGAUUGGUUGCUGUACGGUGAAAUUGAUCUCGACCCGGAUAAUCCACAUCACAGUCAAUUCCAACAGAGUAGAGAAAAACGAAAAAAUUUGGUCAAAAUUUUGGAAAUGGUAGCAUCAGAAGCCGAAAAAAGUUCGGCAAGUAUACCAAAUUUUCAGACCCGUAUACAGUUGGCCAAACGACGCGGAAUGAAUAGUUCAAGGAGGAUGUCCCUCCGUCGAGGAAGUUCAGUAGAUUUAGAUAGCACACCGAUGUCGCCUGUAUCCCCUACUUCUCCCAAUUCUUUUAAUGCAUCACCAACAUCUGCGCAAUAUAGAGACAUUAAUGUAAAUCCGUUUGCCAAGUUCACAAAUUUUGUAAACGCGUUCAUCGUGUUGCAGGAAUUUUGCAAGGAAUUGGCUGCUAUUGUAUAUGUGAAAUAUAUGGAUUCGGAUUCGGAUUCGAGCACAUCGAUAGCUGAAGAGGAGGAAGAAAAGGGAGAGACGGAAGAGGUGGUAAAAACAAAUUACCGAAAAAACCAUUAUUAUAAUCGCCGACAUGCGAAACAAAAGAGCAUGAGCUUUCUUGACAACCUCGAGACGAAUCAAAAUAACAGAUUAAGUGAUUCGACAAAAGAUGACAUAGCUUUAAUGAGAAACGGUGAAAAAUUUGCUAGAUUGGUGGCAUUGAUAGAGAGACAACAGGGCCAUGCUCAAGCAUUGAAACAUUCCUAUCAUUGA